UAAGUCGCUGGCUUGACCCCUGUGCUCCCGACUCGCGUCGUUUCCCUUGUUUCCCAGCUCAUUCGUCGCCCAACCUCCAACAGUUGGUUAUCCUGCUCAUCUCUUCUUCACACAGUCAAAAUGGCAGACAUCUCGCAAAAGGAGCUCCGUGAGGAAAUCACCGCCAUCCUUAAGGAUGCUGACCUGAACACCACAUCGGCCAAGAAGGUCCGCCUUCAGAUUGAAAAGAAGCUGGAUAUUGAUCUCUCAGAACGUAAAAAGGAGGUUGAUGAUCUUGUGAUGGAGUGCCUCCAGUUAAAACAGGACGAGAACAAAGAUGAUGAUGACGAGGAGGAAGAAGAAGAGGAAGAGGAGGAGGAGGAAGAAUCUGAAGAAGAAAAGAAGCCCAAGAAGCGAGGAGCUCCUGCCAAGAAGCCCGCCAAGAGAAAGAAGGGAAGUGACAGCGAGAGUGAAGAUGAUGAUGAGGCAAGUGAUGAGGAGUACAGCCCUAAGAAGAAGGCAUCACCCAAAAAGGGAGGUGCAAAGGGCGCUGCUGCUGCCAAGAAGUCCAAGGGAUCAGAUGACAGUGAUGACGACUGGAAGCAGCCUAAGAAGAAGGCUGCUGCCAAGAAGGCUCCUGCUGCAGGUGCCAAGAAGGGAGGUGGUGGUGGCUUCACCAAGGUGUACAACCUGUCUCCUGAGCUGGCUGCUGUUGUUGGCUCUGAAACCAUGGCACGACCUGAGGUAGUGAAGAAAGUGUGGGCCAUCAUCAAGGAACGCAACCUUUAUGACCCCAAGAACAAGCAGUAUGCCAUCUGUGAUGACCAGAUGAUGAAAGUAUUCAAAGUGAAACGUUUCCGCACAUUUGGUAUGAUGAAGUACCUGAAAGACCACUUCGUGGACUAGUUUAUCUAUUCACUCAACCAUUUUUGACAUGCUUAUGGUUUCAUGAACUUUUAUUAUUUGAGAAAGGAUUUCCAGUGCAAUUGAUCAUAAUUGACGCUCUUAUGACAGGGAGAGUAGCAUUUAAAUUACUCCCACCUUUUAUUUUAUUGAUACAACAAAUUGACAAAUUGGCAUGUCGUUAAUUAAAUUCUAUUGUAGCAUCUA